AUGGAAGGUAUUGGACGGCCACAGCCGAUCAAUGUCCUAUUGAAUCUGCGCACGUACAUCAGCAACGCUCUUCACAAUAGCCAGCAGAGCAAAUCGAUAUCCGCGAUCAACAAGCGUUUCAUGUCAUGUUUCGGUGUGGAAGGAAUGCCUUGUAAAGAUCUCUUAGAAUUCCUUGGUUUUGUCAAGCACGAAAACUCAUGGGAGCCUCCUCGACCCAAUGCGUGGGCUGAGUUUCCCUACCGCGACCCCCUCAAGGUCUUCCUCGACGAUGUGAUACACGAGCUUACGCUCCUCAUAGAACAGAGGCCACCUCUGGAGAAAAAAGGCCAUCAACUAGAAUCUACAUAUCACUCAGCAAAAAGCGAGCUGCUUGAAGCGCUAGGCAGUUCGAACUAUGGGAAAGCCUCACGCCUGGAAGAAUUUCAAUUGGCAUCAGCACCCGUCUACGAAGACUUGGGGGUUGUGGAAGACAUGUCUUCUACCUCCAUAGUUGAGGCUUAUAACCGCCAAGUUUCAGUAGACCCAGCACGAACGUCACUUUAUUUAAAGUGUCUGAAGACGAUUGGAACCCUCAGAGGCGGCGAAGACGAAGCCAUCAUUGACACGGCGGUCCAACUGGCUUAUUCAGAAGGGAAAUAUACCGACGACGAUGUCAUCGAUGCCUAUAAGUAUUUUGGAUUGAGCCAUGGCGACAAACGAAUCACAGACGACAACAUUAUCGGAAAAUUCUACGCGUUCUUGAGUGCCACCAACCAAGAGACUGAGACCCGCACGCAGCUUUGGAGAAUAGGCGAUAGCAGAGGGAGCGAUCGGAUCAAGUCGGCAGCAGAAGAAACUAAUGCCAAUAAGGUCAACGACAGUCCAACCAGCAGAGAUCUGGCAAGGCGCGCCGUCGAGAUCAUUGCAGAUGCAAGAAACUCCGCUGCCUUGAAGCAUUUCUUCAAGACUGGCGAAACGACCGCGGGAGAAAUGGAUGUCGCUGAUGCUUACCGGCUUCUCCAGAUACCUGACCGCACGGUAGAUGAGACAGCGAUUAUGGCGGCAUACACAAUCUGUGUAGACGAAGCACCGACGCAGGCCGAAAAAUACAACCAAGCCUUGCAACUAAUCGCGAACGACAAGAACAGUACCUUCUUGAGCAGUCUGGUGUCCGGUCCUUUAGGCAAAUCAGACCGCAAUGUAUCAGAGUGGCCAGUGGGCUUGCAGAACAUCGGGAACACCUGUUACCUGAAUAGUUUACUGCAGUUCUAUUUUUCGAUUCGGCCGUUUCGCGACAUGGUCCUGCACUUCGAGGACUUCAAAAUGGAAAUCACAGAUGAGACCCUAGGCAAAAAGCAGGUCGGCUCUCGCAAGGUUUCGAAAAAGGAGAUUGAGCGAUCUCAACGUUUCCUCGGUGAACUUCGGACUCUGUUCGACAAUAUGAUCACGUCACCAUCGUCGUGUGUUACUCCUGGUCAGGAAUUAGCACGCUUGACGUUGAUUAGUCCUUCGAACGAAGCGGCCAUACGUCGUCGGUCGACGAUAACUGCCAAUAGACCAGCGGGUCUUGGUGAACUCGACGGCAUGCCGGUUCUUGGACCUCUCGGACCUCCGCAGGCAAUUCCAGAAAAUGAACCCAAGGGGGCUGCAGCUCACGAGGCGGAAAAGAUACAACGCUCAACAGUAAGCGAUGUCGACAGCGAGUUGACAUUGGUUUCGGAUGGGAAUAAGAACGACACAUCUACGCCUCACCAUGAUGACAAGGAAAACGAGCCUCCGGCUGUUGACACUGUGAUGGCAGAUGCCCCAGCCAAAGAAACACUGGAAGCGGAUGAGAGUGGUUCUCCUAAAGGUACCACGGGUCCUAGAGAAACCACCCCAAUCCCUGAUCAGCCCCCGCCAGUCCCACCGCGACCAGUUCCACCACCCGAUCCACAAAGGCAACUCAAGGAAGAGGUCGAAAUUGGUGCGCAGCAGGAUGUGACCGAAGUAAUCAACAAUGUGCUUUUCCAGAGCCAGUGUGCCAUCAAGCCAGAUUCGCUCGCUCCUGACGGUGAGCAGCAGGAUUUAGUCAAAAACUUAUUCUAUGGGCAGGCCAAAUCGUACAUUCUUUCCAAGGAAGGCGUGCGAUCCAAAGAAGAAUGGUGGUGCGACAUCAAGGUCGACGUUGCAACGGAAUCCCGUGAUAUCUACGCCGCCAUUGAUGGCGCGUUUGAUGUGCAGAAAGUGAAUGUGGGCGAUUCUGUCGCUGAGCAGUAUGGCGCCAUCAGCAGGAUUCCUCCAAUUCUCCAGAUCCAAGUCCAGCGUGUCCAAUUUGAUCCCGUCAAGAAGCGUUCGUUCAAAUCCACCAAUCACCUGGAGUUGAAGGAGACGAUCUACAUGGAUCGGUACAUGGACACCCAAAAGCCAGAAGUGGUGAACCGACGACGUCAGUGCUGGGAGUGGAAGAAAACUUUAAGACAACUUGAGGCGCGCCGGAAUGAGUUACUACGCAAAAAUGACGCGGACGGAUUCGACAUGCCAGCCUUGUUUGAGAGUGCCAGGGAAGUCCUCGACGAUCUGGACACUAUGAAAGACUCUGUAGACACUGCCGCAGACGCUAUUGAUAUUGAUCCGGAAAUAUCUUCCGGUCUUGCCCGACUUUCUGAAGCGGCCAGAUCCGAGUUGAGCUCUAUCGACCAAGAAAUCAAGAACCUCCAGUCAAUGAUUUCCAGCCAGUUUGCCGACUAUAGAAGCUUGGCCUAUCGGCUGUACGCAGUCUUCAUCCAUUCGGGGUCUGUCUCCUUCGGUCACUAUUGGAUCUACAUCUUCGACUUUGAGCGCGAUGUGUGGAGAAAGUACAACGACGAAUAUGUGACCGAAGUUCAAGAUAUAGACGAGAUCUUCGCGAACCAGGAGCGGGCGAACCCACCCACGCCCUACUUUCUAGUCUAUGUCAACGAUGACAUGAAGAGCCGCCUGGUCAACCCUGUGCACCGGGUUGUGCAGGAGCAGCCUCCAUCAAACGAACAAAGCGAAGCUGCCACGACGACCACGACAGCUAUAGGGCCGUCAACAAGCGAAGAUGUCGACAUGAACCCGCCGCCCGCGUACGAUGAGAUUUGGCCGGACGGGGGCACAUCAGGUACGGGAGAAGUCCAUUAUGUAGCAGAAAAGGGGAAGAGCCCGGCCGGGGCAGAAGGCAAUCGGGAUGCCGUGAGUGGAGAAUGGACGCCGAAAGAGACUAACGUCGAGGAUGUGCAAUGGUAG